AUGGUGCACAUAUUCUGCCUAUCGCGGCGGCAGCGAAGAGCAGGACUUCCUUUGCUCUUUGGUAUGCUCUACCGGCACAGCCUGCCACGAGCAUGGGGCUGCCGGUCAGCUAUGAUGGCUCCGAGCAGAUCGGGCAACUGUGCUGUCCAUGCGAGCCAGAGACAUCCUGCAGGUGAAACAGCACAUGUCCUCUCCAUUGCUACCGAGUACCGACAAGAGGCAGUCAUCCUGCAGCGAUCUGCUCGACUCCUGGGAUACAGGUUUCAAUUCUGCGGCUUCCGGGAACGCUGGGUCGGCUGGGGGACGAAGCUGGUUCAGUACCGGAAGGCGCUGGAGAAAGGCUUGGCAGGAGGACGGAUUGCAGCGACGGAUCCUGUGCUGUUGAUCGACGGCUGGGAUUGUAUGCUGAUCGGACCCGCUUCUGAGUUCAUUCAGAAAAUGUCAUCGCCUCCCUUCAGUGAGGGUCACCAGCCAUGGUAUGCAGGUGAGAGAAUAUGCGGACCUGAUUUUUUCAAGGCGAACCGCAUCGACGCAGUCUAUCCUGACCCCGGGACACCAUGGCGUUAUCCGAACGCAGGCUGUAUGGCAGGCAGAGCAGAGCCAGUGCUCGAGCUCAUCAAAGAACUGCUGAAGCAUAAAGACACCUUCCCGGAAGAUGGAGAUGAUCAGGGAAGGUUGCAUGAACAUCUCCUGGAGCGAGGUGAGAGUGGACAAAGUCUCCCCUACUUCGUGGACUCCGAGUGUCGCAUCUUCCAAUGUCUUUAUGAGGCAGAGCCACAGUGGCAGCUUGAAGCGGCGAAAGAAGGACAGCGACUCCCGAGACUGCGGAACACCCAAACUGGUCAGCAACCGAUCGUGCUCCAUGGCAAUGGGCACACGGGUCGCUGGUUCAUGUCUGGGCUGUGGCGUGAAAUGGGCCUACUGCAGAAGGUUGGCCUCACGGUCGAGGAGCUUCGCCAUCUUCCGCACGAUGGGCCUGUGCCUCCUGGCACUGUUCCGGACGAGGCAACCGAGAGGAAUUGGAUGGCCACUUUUCAGCUGUACCGCAUCAUUGAGCAGCAGAUGGCAUAUGCGAGAGUUGGAAUUGAGUGGGAUCCAUGGAAGAUCGCUGAGCAGGCGAAGUGA